UCCUGUGUGUGUUUUACUAAGUGUGCUGUGUUUCACUGUAAGCACAAUGCUUUGUAUGGCUCUGUUAUGCAAAGCCAUACAAAGCAGUGGUGCUUACAGUUGAAAGCACUAACACAGCACACAGUAAAACAUCACACAGUUAACCCUUUGAUCACCCCACAUGUUAACCCCUUCCUGUCCAGUGUCAGUACAGUGUCAGUGAUCACUGUAUUGGUGUCACCGGAGAUGUCAGUGACACUGGGGAUGUCAGCGACACCAAGUCAGUUCCCCCCAGUGUCAGAAUGCCUGCUGCAGUUCCGCAGUCCCGCUAUAAGUCACUGAUCACCACCAUUUCUAGUAAAAAUAAAAAUCCCAGUAUAUAUACCGCCAUGUGUAAAAGCUACAACUUUCACAUAAACCAAUUAAUUUA